AUGGCAGGAGGCGAGGCAUCGGAGAAAAAGGCACCCCAACUAAUUCAUGACACUUCUUCAAUUUAUUUUCUCCAUCCUUCUGAAGGCCCAGGUAUGUCGAUCACCAAAUGUGUCCUUCUUGGGGAGAAUUAUGAUGUAUGGUCUAAAGCUAUUAUGAAUGGACUUGAGGGUAAAAAUAAACUUGGGUUUCUUACUGGUGAUAUUGCUCGACCAACAGAUGAAACUAGCCCUGAAUUCAUCGCCUGGCGGUCUAAUAAUUCCACAAUUUGUGGAUGGAUUUUUAAUUCUUUACAUGAGUCUCUCCAAUCUAGUGUUGUGAGUCACAGAAUUGCAACUGAAUUUUGGGCUGACUUGAAGGAAAGAUAUGCAACAACUAAUGGCCCCAAAAUUCAUCAAUUGAAGAAUGAGUACCACACCCUCCGUCAAAAGGGGGCAACCAUUGUCACAUUCCACAAUAAGUUUACUGCCCUUUGGGAUGCCUUAUACGGCUCCAAAGAUCUCACUUGUGGGUGCACAUGUGAGGCUGCCGCAAAACUCAGACUGCGGGUCGAGCAAGAUCGUACCCAUGACUUCCUUAUGGGGCUUGAUGAUGAUGAUUAUGGUGCCAUACGCACUCAAAUUUUGAGCAUGGAACCUCUUCCGAAUUUGAACAGAGCCUUUUCUCUAGUAACUCAAGAAGAGCGCCAUCGAAAUAUUGUUCGUGCUCGAGAUGUUAAGACUGAAGCAACGAGCUUUGCUGUACAGGCGAGUCCGACCUCCGAGUCUGCUUCCCGUCCUAUCACAAACCCUCCUCUCCAUUGUACAUAUUGUGAUCGCAAUGGACAUGAAUAUGAAUUUUGUUACAAGAGGAUUGGUUUCCCUCAAGGUGGCACGAGGGGGAGAGGUCGAGGUAGAAAGCAUGGUGCCUGUGGAGAUGCAAGGGGAGACACACAAGCUGCACGCGGCACCACAGCCAUUGCAAAUAGUGCCUUGGCAGCGCACCUAGGGUCUGAUAAUAAACCCUCCACAUCUGCCAUGUCCUCCUCUCUUCCAGGAUUUUCUACAGAUCAACUCCAACGUCUCAAAUGUCUGCUUGAGGCUUCUCCACCAUCUGAUAAGUUACACGGUAAGAUUGAAUGGCUUCUUGACAGUGGGGCUUCCCACCAUAUGACAGCUAACCUGGAGUCUCUUUUUUAUUGUGUUGAUAUCACACCGUCUCCGGUCAGUCUACCUGAUGGGGUCCACACAACUGCCACGAAGCAAGGAAGUGUCACUUUGGUAUCCGGAUUAAUUCUCCGAAACGUCUUAUUUGUCCCUCAAUUGAAAUGCAACUAA